AAAGUCGAAAAAUGACUAUCCCUUUUCUUUGAUAUCAUCAUUAUACCUGUGAUCUUAGUUUCUUUUUAAAAACUUUCCCAACCUUUUGAAGACACAUUUGCUUUAUAUCAAAGUUUGAGAGAGAAAAUAAGCAGUUCACAACAUUAUUGUUUUCUCUGUUGUUUAGUCUUGGAAAGAAGUUUCAGUCUAAUGGAUGUGUCUACGAAAAAAAGAACCUUGCUAAAAGUUAUGGUCCUUGGCGAUAGUGGGGUGGGGAAGACAUCUUUGAUGAAUCAAUAUGUUUAUAUGAAGUUCAAUCCACACUAUAAAGCUACAAUUGGUGCUGACUUUGUCACAAAAGAACUACAAAUUGAUGACAAACAGGUCACUUUGCAGAUUUGGGACACUGCAGGACAGGAAAGGUUCCAAAGUCUAGGGGCUGCAUUCUACAGAGGAGCAGAAUGUUGUGUUCUUGUAUUUGAUGUAAACGCACACAAGUCAUUUGAAGCAAUGAACACUUGGCGUGAAGAGUUUCUCAAACAGGCAGAUCCGGAUGCACCCAAUAACUUUCCCUUUAUAUUACUGGGAAAUAAGAUUGACAUGGACGGUGGAAACAGCCGAGUGGUUUCAGAAAAGCAAGCUAAGGAAUGGUGUGCUUUCAGAGGAAAUAUCCCUUACUUUGAGACCUCAGCAAAAGAGGGCUACAAUGUAGAUGAAGCAUUUCUGUGUGUUGCAAAAACUGCACUGGCUAAUGAUCAAGGAUGUGAUCUGGAAAAUUACUUCCAGGGUAUCUCAGAAUCUCUAUCAGGCAUUGAACAGAAGGGAUUUUGUGCAUGCUAAAGUUGUUUGCCAAGGAUUGGAUAUAUCUAAUUCAAGCUUCUGGGGUUGUUAUUAUUCUUUUAUUAUUUUUGUUACUAAUGACUAUUUGGGGGAGGAGGUGUUUGAUCCUUUUCAUGUAUUCUAGCAUUCGUCGUUUAUAAUUGUAAGGUGUUCAUUUUGUUACUUCAGAAAGAAAUCAAGUUCUUGUAACAUGAACCCUUCUAAAAUCCAGAACUCAGUAUACGUACAAAUAUCCUUGUCUGCAAGGUGUGAAUUAAUUCAUUAC